CUUUACAGCAAAAUUCAACCUCACUCCUCACUUUUUCCUAUUCUUUUGCCCACUAAAAGCUAAAUCUUGUCUUUCAAUUCUGGAAUAUAUACAUUGCCACUUUGCACCUAUAAAAUCCACAAACACAUUCAACUUUCAGAAGUUCCAAAUUUACAGAGGCAACUACAACAACAACAACAAGUGCUUGUUAGCCAUGGUGGGUUUCCGACCCUUCAUCAAUGCAGUUGUUGCCUUCCUGGUUAUCACAAGAGCAAGAGCAGCUGAUAAAUCAAAGAUGGUUACUAGAGUAACUGAUGAUGGAUUGCUGUGCAUCAGUGAGUGCGCGACAUGCCCGGCGUUGUGCUCACCACCAUCACCUCCACCUUUGUCAUCUACACCAUCACCGCCUUUGUCAUCUACACCGCCACCACCAUCACAAAUUUAUGUAGGUCAUCAUCCGCCACCACCUGUUUCACCGCCAAAAACUACAAAGUCUGCACCUCCUCCUCCUUUCAAUUACUUGAUAAUCACCUCUGCUCCACCACCACCAAUUGGGGGGCAGAAAGGAGCACCCUCAAAUCCUUAUUACUAUUUCUAUACCUCCGACGCAUGGACUUCAGCAUUGUCUGUUUCUUGCCUUUUGAAACUGUUUUCAUGGCUGGUUCUGCCUCUUUUUCUGUUCAGUCAAUAACUAGCAAGCUACAAGCAGUUAUGAUCAAAUGAAUUGUGUGCACAGAAUGCAAAAGUUUAGUUAAAUGAUGGUUGGGAGUCAUGUCUGUGUAUGAUUUGUCUUUAUACUGUAAAUGAUGGUCCAUCAUUAACAAGAUCUUGUGAGGUUUCUCUUC